AGUUAAGUCGUCUACUAACGCUGACGUCGACUUCUGCAACGAAAUGGCGUCGUUGACAGCAGUCAUGCAGACGAGCCGGUCCAGAUCUUCGUCCAAAAAAACGACCGAAAUGACGACCAGAAGGAGGUUCAAGCUUUUGGACACCAACAUCGUUUUAUUGCUGUCGUUAGCCUCCAUGCUGCAUUGUGCUUUGGCUGAUGGUAAAACGCUCGUGCUGCUGGACAACCUCAACAUCCGCGACACCCAUUCAAUCUUCUUCCGCAGUCUGGCAGAUCGUGGCUUUGACGUCACGUUCAAGACAGCCGAUGAUCCCUCCCUGUCUCUGAUCAAAUACGGACAGUUCCUGUAUGACCAUUUGAUCAUCUUUUCACCAUCAGUUGAGGACUUUGGAGGAAACAUCAAUGUGGAGACCAUCACAUCCUUCAUCGAUGGAGGAGGCAACGUCUUGGUUGCUGCCAAUUCAGACAUUGGUGACCCUCUGAGGGAGCUGGGAAGUGAGUGUGGCAUUGAGUUUGACGAGGAAAAGACUGCUGUCAUUGACCAUCACAACUAUGACGUGUCUGACCCUGGAGAGCAUACCAUGAUUGUUGCUGAUCCAGAGAAUCUGAUGAAAGCUCCAACUAUUGCCGGCAAACCCACCAACAAACCUGUUUUGUUCAAGGGUGUUGGCAUGGUGGCAGACCCAGAGAACCCUCUCGUCCUGGACAUCCUUACUGGCUCUUCUACCUCCUACUCCUUCUUCCCUGACAGACCCAUCUCUCAGUACCCCCAUGCUGUUGGUAAGAACACCCUGCUCAUCGCCGGCCUUCAGGCUAGAAACAACGCCCGAGUGGUUUUCAGCGGUUCUCUGGACUUCUUUAGUGAUGCCUUCUUCAACUCUGCUGUGCAGAAGGCCACACCAGGCUCCCAGAGGCAUGAGCAGACAGGAAACAUGGAGCUGGCAGAGGCUCUCUCUCGCUGGGUGUUCAAGGAGGCUGGAGUCCUCAGGGUGGGAGCUGUCACUCAUCAUCCUGUCGGUGAGACUACUCCCCCUGCAGCGUACACCAUCACUGACCUUGUGGAAUUCAGCAUCGUCAUUGAAAUGUUGUCUGAGGGCCGUUGGGUUCCCUUCGAUGGAGAUGAUAUUCAGCUUGAGUUUGUGAGGAUUGAUCCUUUCGUCAGGACUUAUCUCAAGAAAAAUGGAGGAAAAUAUAGCGUCCAGUUCAAGCUGCCUGAUGUUUACGGAGUCUUCCAGUUCAAGGUGGACUACAACCGUCUGGGAUACACACAUCUCUACUCCUCCACUCAGGUGUCCGUGCGUCCCCUGCAGCACACUCAGUACGAGCGCUUCAUCCCCUCAGCCUUCCCAUACUACGCCAGUGUCUUCUCCAUGAUGGCAGGACUCUUUGUCUUCAGCAUAGUCUUCCUGCACAUGAAAGAGAAGGAGAAGGCAGACUAAUGCAGAGAAACAUCAGGGAAGAGAGAAAGAGAUUAUAGAAUUGAACUUGUGAAGAGGUGCAAUUGAAUGUCUUCACACAGGACUUGGACUGCAGUCCUCUGUAAAAAUACAGUAUCUCUUUGGUUAUUGAGUCUGGGGGCCAAAAGGGGUGCUGACUGUAAUGAAGUGGUUGGGGUUUUUUUUUUUCUUUUUUUUGUACUCUGAAAUCACUCAAAAGCCUGUAAAUGUUCAAUGUUCUGAAGUCAGUCCGAAUUUGGAUAAAGUUGCUUUACAUUUGAUAAAAGUAUCUCCUAAGUACAGCGCUUGCCUAAGAACAUGAAAAAGAAAAUAUCCAUAUUAAAAUUUGGCCCACACUUUCUCAAUCAGGAAAGCCUAUUGUGGUAACUACAUGCACUGAAUAUGCCAACUGUUCAUUUGUAUUUGAUAAAACUUUAAUGUGUUUCCAAGAAAAGUUGGAAUCAUAAAAUAAAAUACUGACAUUCCACUGGGUUUAAA